UGCCACCACUGACAUAGGUAAAGUAGAUAUAAGUUUUGUAAGUAGUUGUCUGUCUGAUAACUUGGCAAACCGGACUACCAGAAAAAGGCUCAUGAACUUUUUGCAGAUGACAGAUUAAAAGGUGAAACCUGUGUCUAAAAGCAGAUAUGGCAGAAUCUAAAACCUGGGCGAACAAUUUUCUGGAGGUGAACCAUGAUCAGAUCAUCCAGGGUGUGCAGAACAGCAGACCCAUUGCAGAAGCUGCAAUUGCACAAGACUUGAUCCGUGAGGAGGGGGUACGGGAGAUCAGUUUGGCCGAGACGGAUCAGGCAGUAAUGAAAGCUCUGUUCAACGCUCUCGAAUCAGAACCUUCGUCGCACAAAGAUGUCUUUUAUCAGAUACUGAAACAGAUGGAACCCAGACUCAUUGAAGAGCUUGAGCAAAUGGACUCCAGUAGACACACACAGAUGGAGCCAGAAGACAGUGACGGAGAAAUAAGAGCCCACAAGCACAGAAUACAACAGUUAAGAAUUGAGAUGCAGGAAAAGAGAGAUUCCCUACGAAUGAGGAGAGAGGAGACCAUGAAAGCAAUAGAAGAAAUAGAAAAUCUCUGGGAAGGAACAAAGAGGGAAAAGGAUAAGGUUGAACACAUGAGGGCUAAGAUUCAGAGACAAAAAGCAGAACUUGAACAAAUGAUGCAAGAAAGAACAAAAUUAGAGGGUAUGAUAGAACAGAUGAAGGCUGAAAUCAGGAGGCUCAAAAAAGAGUUGAGACAAAAUAAGGAAGAGACAAAGCAUGAAAGGGACAAGAUGGAGAAGAUGAAAGCUGAAGUACAAUCAGAACAAGAGUCAGUGGAGAUAAGAAGAGAUGAGUUUGCCAGAGAGAGGGAACAGCUAGAUCACAUAAAGUUUGAGAUAUUGAGGGAGAGAGAGGAGACAGAACAAAAUCACAAAGUGAUUAUAACAGAGAAGCAAAAAGUGGAACAGAUGAAGGUGGAGAUUCAAAGGCAAACUGAAGAAAUAGAAAUUAAAGCUGAAGAGACAAAGUUAGCAAUGGAGAUGAUGGAACACAUGAAAAUAGGAAUACAGAGAGAGAAGCAUGAACUAGAAAAGAACAAGUAUGAAACAAGGAGGCAAACAGAACAGUUUGAACAGAUCAAAUAUGAGAUCAACAAGAUCAAAGAAGAGAUGGAAAAAAGAUGGUCUGAGGCAGAGAAAGAGGAGCAAAAGCAAAAAACUGAAAUGAAGAGGGAGAAAAAAGAGCUAGAAUUAAUAAAGGCAGAAAUUCAUAAAGCUAAAGAUGAGAUGGAACAUGUCAGAGAAGAGACAGAGAAAGAGAAGGAGCAGAUUGAAAAAAUUAAAGUUGAGUUGAGUAAUGAGAAAGACACUCUAGAGAGGGGAAGACAAGAAGUCAUAUGGGAAAAAAAGAACAUAGAGCAUUUAAAAAGUGAGCUGCAAAGAGCUACUGAAGAAAUGGCUCAAAGAAGUGAAGAGACAAACCGGGAAAGAGACAAAGUGGAGCAAAUGAAAAUUGAACUCCAGAGAAAGAUGGAAGAAGUGGAAAUCAGGAUGGAGGAAGCAAAACAGGCAAAAGUCAAGAUGGAGCAGAUGAAAAUAGAAACACAGAAAGCAAAAGACAUGUUGGAACAACAAAGGGAUGAGACAAGAAGAGCAAAAGAAGAGCUGGAGAGGAAGAGGUAUGAGACACUGAAGGAAGAGCUGGAGCAGAGAGCUGAAAUCCAGCGAGAAAGAGAUGAACUGGAACACAUAAAGCUAGGAAUGCAGAGGGAAAAAGAGGACAUGGAAAUGGCAAUUGAGGAAGCGGAAAAAGAUCUUAAACAGAAAAGAGAGGAGACCAGGCGUGAGAGGGAUAGCAUUGAAUGCAUAAAAGCAGCAAUACAAACUGAGAAAGGCUUCCUGGACAGGCAAAGAGAAGAGACAGUGAAGGACAGAGAAGAGUUAGAGCAGCUUAAGACAGAGAUACUACAAGCAAGACAAGAAUUGGAACAAAGCAGGGAAGUGCUGCAACAAGACAAGGACAAGAUGGAAAAGAUGAAAAGUGAGCUACAGGAACAGAUAAAUGAAAUACAAACCCAAACAGAUGACAUCAAAAGAACUAAAGAGAAACUGAAACAUAUGAAAGCAGAAAUACUCAUAGAGAAAAAUGAGUUAGAGAAAAAAGGAAAUAAGAUGAGGAGAGAUAAAGAACAGUUUGAAAAGAUCAAGUAUGAAAUAAACAGACUGAAAGAAGAGAUUGAAAAAAGAUGGUACGAAGCAGAACAAGAAGAGCUGGAGCAAAGAGCUCAAAUGCAGAGAGAGAAAGAAGACUUAGAAAAAAGGCAGGCUGAGAUACAAAGAGCAAAAAAAGAAAUAGAACAUGACAGAGAAGAGACAAAACAAGAGAGGAACCUCACUGAAAAAAUUAAAUGGGAGUUACACACAGAGAAAGAUGCCCUAGAAAAAGAAAGAGCAGUAGUGAAAAGAAAAGCUGAAGAACUGGAUCAGAUUAGAUGUGAAGUACAAAUGGCCAUGGAAAAUAUAGAACAGAACAAGGCAGAAAUCCAACAAGAGAAGAAUAAAAUGGAAAAGAUGAAAUUAGAAAUGAAAAAACAGUUAGAACAAAUAGAAAAUCAGACUGAAGAGGCAAAGCGAGCAAAGGAUGAACUAGAACAGUCAAAAGCAGACAUAGAGAAUGCUAAGCAGCUGUUACAUGAACAGAUACAUGAUAUGAAGAAAGCAAAAAAAGACAUAGAAAACAGAAGGUACAUGACUGUCAAAGAGGAGUUGGAGAUGAGAGCAGAAAUAGAGAAAGGAAGACAGGAACUGGAGAGGAUCCUGAUGGAAAUUCAAAGGGCAAAAGAGAAAGAAGAUCAAAUCAUACAUCACAUGGAAAGUAGUAAACUGAAAUUUCAACCACAGACAGAAAGAAUUAUCCAGAAAAGAACAUGGGAUCUGGCAAAUCUAGAAGAGCUUGAGAUUACUCAGAUAAAAACAGAGACACAAACAGUCAUACAAGAUGAAAAAGCAAACAAAAAAGAUGGACUAGAACUCAUUCGGUAUGAGAUAAAGAGGGGAAAAGAGGUUUGUGAACAAACCAAGAAAGAAACAGACAGGGAAAGGCAAGAGAUUGAACAGAUGAAAGUGGAAAUACAGAAAGACAAAGACGCACUCCUCCAAAAACGCGAAGAGACAUUCAGGGAGAAAGAAAUGCUGGAGAGGAUGAAGGCUGAUCUUUUGGAAUACAAAAAAGAGAUUGAACAAAAUAAAGAAGAGACAAAAAAAGAGAAGGAUAAAAUGGAUCAGAUAAAAACUGAAAUAAAACAACAAAUAGAGGCCUUAGAAAUCAGGAUUGCAGAGACAAAACAUGCAAAAGAAAGGUUGGAAAGAAUGAAGACAGAGAUAAUGAGGGAAAAGUAUGAUUUUGAAAGAAGAAAGGAUGAGACAGACAAGGAACCGUUUGAAAAAGUAAAAUAUGAAAUUAACAGAAUUAAAAUCGAGAUUAAUAAACUCUGGGAUGAGACUGAAAAUGAACAGCUAGAACUGAGAGCUAGAUUACAGAAAGUGGAAGAAGAAUUGGAGAACAAAACAGAAAAGAUAAACAGAGAGAUGGCAGAACUGGAAGAGUUAAAAUCAGAGUUGAAGAGACAGGAAGAAGAGAUUGAGAACAAAAGGGAAAAAAACAGAAAAGAAAUCAAUGAGAUUGAAAAAGCUAAAGCUGAACUGCAAAGGCAGAAUGAGGAAAUAGAAAUUAAAAUGCAAAUGGCAAAAAAUGAGAAAUAUGAGGCAGAAAAGACAAAGGCUGAUAUUCAGAGACAAAGAGAAGAAAUUGAAAAAAGGUUUGAAAAAACAAACAGAGAGAAAGAUAUUCUGGAGCAGAUGAAAAUUGAGAUGCAGCGACAGAGAGAUGAAAUUGAAAACAAAACAGAAAUAACACAGAAGGAGAUGUACAAAAUUGAACAAAUGAAGGUUGAAAUCCAAGGAAGGAGAAGUGAGGUAGAGCAAUGGAUUUUAAAGUCAAUGACAGAGAAAACUGAGAUAGAACUCAUGAAGGUGGAAAUACAAAGUAAGAGAGAAGAAGUUGAAAAAAUGAUGAGUGCAACUAAGAAAGAGAAAGACAUUCUAGAACUAGCCAAGGCAGAAAUAUUCAAAGAAAGAGCAGAUUUACAAAAAAACAAGGAAGACAUAAAAAAAGAAAGAGAGGAAGUGGAACAGAUAAAAAGAGAAACAAUAAGAAAUGAACAAGAAGCAAUAAAAAGAAUGGAAAUAAUAAAAACUGACAUGGAAAACCUGGACAGGAUGAAGACCAAAUUAAAAACAAGGACAGAAGAGCUGGAAGAGAGACAGGACAACACAAUGAGAGAAAAACACAUCUUAGAAAUGAAAAGGGAAGAGCUACAAAGAAACAAAGAAGAAAUGGAAAGACAGAAAAUACAAAGAAAAAUUGAAAAAGACGAGGCAGAUCGAAUGAAGAAUGAGCUACAGAGAGCCUUGGAUGAAAUCCAAAAAACCAGAGAAGAAGAGAGGAAACUAUGGAAAACACAGAAGGAUGAAAUGGAAAACAUGGUACAAACAAUACAGAACCAAACUGAGGAGAAAGAGGAGAUAAAGAAACUGAAGACUGAAAUAAGCAAGGAAAAACAUACUACUGAAAGUCUGAAGGACUCAACAAGCAAAGAGAUGGAAACAGUCGAAGAGAUGAAAAACAAACUUCAAAAAGAAAAGGAAGAAAUUGAGCAAGCCAGAGAUGAAUUAAUGAAAGACAAGGACAGGAUACAUUUAGAAAAGGUGGAAAUUGAAGGUAAACAGAAGGAAAUUACAGAGAAAUGGAAAGAGAUACAACUGGAGAAAGACGAAAUUGAGGAAACGAAGGCAGAACUACUGCGACAGAAAGAACAUAUGAGCGCACUGAAGCACACAGAGGAAAAUAAAAUAGCAAAAAUGAAAGCUGAAAUUGAAGGAGAAAAAGAACAACUGGAAAAGAGACUGGAAGACUUGAGAAAGGAGAAGGAGGACAUACAGAAAAUGAAGACUGAAAUAAGCAAGGAAAAACAAACUACCGAAAGCCUGAAGGACUCAGCAAGCAAAGAGAUGAAAACAGUCGAAGAGAUGAAAGAGAAACUUCGAAAAGAAAAAGAAGAAAUUGAGCUAGCCAGAGAGAGAAUAAUGAAAGACAAGGACUGGGAGGAAUUUGCAAAGGUGGAAACUGAUGGUAAACAGAAAGAAAUUACAGAGAAAUGGAAAGAGAUACAACUGGAGAAAGAUGAAAUUGAGCAACUGAGCAAAGAGAAAGAGGACAUCGAAAAAAUGAAGGCUGAAAUAAGUGAGGAAAAACAACGCGUUGGCCGCCUGAGGGAGUCAACAAAGAUUGAGAUGAAUACAAUUGAAGAGACGAAAGCCAAACUUCAGAAAGAGAAAGAAGAAAUUGAGCUAGCCAGAGAUGAAUUAAUGAAAGACAAGGACAUACAUUUAGAAAAGGUGGAAAUUGAAGGUAAACAGAAGGAAAUUACAGAGAAAUGGAAAGAGAUGCAACUGGAAAAAGACGAAAUUGAGGAAACGAAGGCAGAACUACUGCGACAGAAAGAACAUAUGAGCGCACUGAAGCACACAGAGGAAAAUAAAAUAGCAAAAAUGAAAGCUGAAAUUGAAGGAGAAAAAGAACAACUGGAAAAGAGACUGGAAGACUUGAGAAAGGAGAAGGAGGACAUACAGAAAAUGAAGACUGAAAUAAGCAAGGAAAAACAAACUACCGAAAGCCUGAAGGACUCAGCAAGCAAAGAGAUGAAAACAGUCGAAGAGAUGAAAGAGAAACUUCGAAAAGAAAAAGAAGAAAUUGAGCUAGCCAGAGAGAGAAUAAUGAAAGACAAGGACUGGGAGGAAUUUGCAAAGGUGGAAACUGAUGGUAAACAGAAAGAAAUUACAGAGAAAUGGAAAGAGAUACAACUGGAGAAAGAUGAAAUUGAGCAAGUGGAAAUUGAAGGUAAACAGAAGGAAAUUACAGAGAAAUGGAAAGAGAUACAACUGGAGAAAGACGAAAUUGAGGAAACGAAGGCAGAACUACUGCGACAGAAAGAACAUAUGAGCGCACUGAAGCACACAGAGGAAAAUAAAAUAGCAAAAAUGAAAGCUGAAAUUGAAGGAGAAAAAGAACAACUGGAAAAGAGACUGGAAGACUUGAGAAAGGAGAAGGAGGACAUACAGAAAAUGAAGACUGAAAUAAGCAAGGAAAAACAAACUACCGAAAGCCUGAAGGACUCAGCAAGCAAAGAGAUGAAAACAGUCGAAGAGAUGAAAGAGAAACUUCGAAAAGAAAAAGAAGAAAUUGAGCUAGCCAGAGAGAGAAUAAUGAAAGACAAGGACUGGGAGGAAUUUGCAAAGGUGGAAACUGAUGGUAAACAGAAAGAAAUUACUGAGAAAUGGAAAGAGAUACAACUGGAGAAAGAUGAAAUUGAGCAAGUGGAAAUUGAAGGUAAACAGAAGGAAAUUACAGAGAAAUGGAAAGAGAUACAACUGGAGAAAGACGAAAUUGAGGAAACGAAGGCAGAACUACUGCGACAGAAAGAACAUAUGAGCGCACUGAAGCACACAGAGGAAAAUAAAAUAGCAAAAAUGAAAGCUGAAAUUGAAGGAGAAAAAGAACAACUGGAAAAGAGACUGGAAGACUUGAGAAAGGAGAAGGAGGACAUACAGAAAAUGAAGACUGAAAUAAGCAAGGAAAAACAAACUACCGAAAGCCUGAAGGACUCAGCAAGCAAAGAGAUGAAAACAGUCGAAGAGAUGAAAGAGAAACUUCGAAAAGAAAAAGAAGAAAUUGAGCUAGCCAGAGAGAGAAUAAUGAAAGACAAGGACUGGGAGGAAUUUGCAAAGGUGGAAACUGAUGGUAAACAGAAAGAAAUUACUGAGAAAUGGAAAGAGAUACAACUGGAGAAAGAUGAAAUUGAGCAAACUGGAAGAUUGAGAAAGGAGAAGGAGGACAUACAGAAAAUGAAGACUGAAAUAAGCAAGGAAAAACAAACUACCGAAAGCCUGAAGGACUCAGCAAGCAAAGAGAUGAAAACAGUCGAAGAGAUGAAAGAGAAACUUCGAAAAGAAAAAGAAGAAAUUGAGCUAGCCAGAGAGAGAAUAAUGAAAGACAAGGACUGGGAGGAAUUUGCAAAGGUGGAAACUGAUGGUAAACAGAAAGAAAUUACUGAGAAAUGGAAAGAGAUACAACUGGAGAAAGAUGAAAUUGAGCAACUGAGCAAAGAGAAAGAGGACAUCGAAAAAAUGAAGGCUGAAAUAAGUGAGGAAAAACAACGCGUUGGCCGCCUGAGGGAGUCAACAAAGAUUGAGAUGAAUACAAUUGAAGAGACGAAAGCCAAACUUCAGAAAGAGAAAGAAGAAAUUGAGCUAGCCAGAGAUGAAUUAAUGAAAGACAAGGACGUGGAAAUUGAAGGUAAACAGAAGGAAAUUACAGAGAAAUGGAAAGAGAUACAACUGGAGAAAGACGAAAUUGAGGAAACGAAGGCAGAACUACUGCGACAGAAAGAACAUAUGAGCGCACUGAAGCACACAGAGGAAAAUAAAAUAGCAAAAAUGAAAGCUGAAAUUGAAGGAGAAAAAGAACAACUGGAAAAGAGACUGGAAGAUUUGAGAAAGGAGAAGGAGGACAUACAGAAAAUGAAGACUGAAAUAAGCAAGGAAAAACAAACUACCGAAAGCCUGAAGGACUCAGCAAGCAAAGAGAUGAAAACAGUCGAAGAGAUGAAAGAGAAACUUCGAAAAGAAAAAGAAGAAAUUGAGCUAGCCAGAGAGAGAAUAAUGAAAGACAAGGACUGGGAGGAAUUUGCAAAGGUGGAAACUGAUGGUAAACAGAAAGAAAUUACUGAGAAAUGGAAAGAGAUACAACUGGAGAAAGACAAAAUUGAGGAAACGAAGGCAGAACUACUGCGACAGAAAGAACAUAUGAGCGCACUGAAGCACACAGAGGAAAAUAAAAUAGCAAAAAUGAGAGCUGAAAUUGACGGAGAAAAAGAAGAACUGGAAAAGAGAUUAGAAGACUUGAGAAAGGAGAAAGAGGACAUAGAGAAAAUGAAGACUGAAAUGAAUAAAGAAAAACUAACUACUGACCGCCUGAUGGAAUCAACAAACAAAGAGAUGAAAAGAAUUAAAGAGAUGAAAACCCAACUUCAAAUCGAAAAAGAACAAAUUGAGCUAGCCAGAGAUGAAUUAAUGAAAGACAAGGACAGUGUUUUCCUGAAGAACAGCUUUUCCUUCGUCGAAAAACGUCAAGAAUAG